GUUUCCUGCCACAAAUUUCAUUUUGAUGCCGAUCAGCACUGAGAAGCUGGUGAGACAGUAUCAAAGACAUGUCUUAUUCUGGUGUGUGAUCCAAGAGGAGACAACAUGUGGACAGACAGACAUCAACAAAGCACUGCAAAUCUCAGGUUCUCAGAGAAGACAGCUGUGUGGUCAGCUAUGAAGAACAUGGUGUUGAUUCUGUGGAUUAUGUCUGUUAGCACAGUUCAAAAUACAUUUGCAUCGGACAUGCAGAGAACCAUCCAGGACCUCUCAUUUCAAAACUUGACAUCAGUGCCCAAGGGAUUAUCUCCCUCCAUUGAGGCUCUAGAUCUCUCCCACAACAGAAUACAACGCCUUGCCUAUGAUGAUUUCUCAGAAAUGUCAAAUCUGAGAUUCCUUAAUGUGUCUUGGAACAUCGUCAAAGAGAUAAAUCCCGAUACGUUCAGAUCGACAUCAUACCUGGAGUACCUUGACCUCUCGCACAACAAGCUUCAGAACCUGCAGCAACAGGAUUACCUGCUCUUCACGCCCAAACUGCAGUUCCUGGACUUGACGUUCAAUAACUUUUCCACGAUGACUCUUGGAGAGAUGUUCAAUUCCCUAAAAGAGUUGCAGAACAUGGGGCUCAGUGCCGAAGUGGUAAAGAGUAAAGACUUUGGGAGUAUUGCUGACAUUCAUCUCCAGAACAUGUUCCUACAGUUGGAAAACCUCACCACGUAUGAAAGCAACAGCUUGCGAAACAUCUUGUCGAAGAAACUGGGCAUCGUUCUGUCAAACCGUCCAACAGACGAAGCACUGAUCACUGAUGCUCUGUCUGCUUUUGAUAAAGUGGACCUAGUGGGCCUCAACGGUAGCCAAACCUACCUUUCAACAUUUCUGAGACAAAGUAAGAGCAUCAGAACUUCACAUCUUUACCUGACUAACAUUGAGAUGACUUGGCCCGUGGCUGUUGACCUGCUCAAUAUCGUUCGCCAGUCAACCAUCAAACAUCUCAGCAUAUAUAUGAUAACCAUUACAGGGCAAAUCACUCCACAGAAGUUAAACCCAGAGUCUCACCUACAGUCUUUUACCAUUAAAGGGGCCAUCAUUACUAAUUUCAUUAUCUUCCAAGGUAACAUUUAUGAUUUCUUCAUCAAUAUGAGGGUUGAGCGUUUGACCCUUGCAGAGACGUCAUUGAUACAAAUGACCUGUCCGAAUGCGCCAAGCCCUAUAAAAUUCAUGGACUUCUCCGACAAUGCCUUUUCCGACCGUAUUUUUUCCGUUGGUGGGAAAGAAUGUGUUAGUCUACAGAACGUUAACACUUUGAUUUUAAAAGGGAACCGUGUGCAGAACCUAAUGGAGCUGAGCAUGCGGCUACAGUACAUGACCUCACUGCAACACCUGGACGUCAGCUUCAACUCUCUGUUUUACUCGGAUACACUUGGGAAUUGCCACUGGCCUUCCAGCAUAGUACACUUGAAUCUGUCCUCCAACAGCCUUGGCAAAUCUGUCUUCAGCUGCCUCCCUCUCAACAUAGAGACUCUGGACCUGCAUAACAAUCAAAUCGAAGCCCUCCCAGACAGACUCUUCCAUCUGGACAUGCUGACAUACCUGGACCUCAGCUCCAAUCAGCUCCUGGACGUCCCUAGCUGCCGUGGUUUCACAAACCUGGCAGUGUUCCUUCUGAGAGACAACUCCCUCCACACCCCGUCCAUGCGCUUCGUGGCCAGCUGCCCGAGGCUGAGGGAGAUGGACGUUCGCGGGAACCCGUUCAUGUGCACCUGUGGCCUGAGGGAGUUUGCGGCCCUGCAGCAGCGCCACCCCAUUAAACUUCUCCACUGGCCGCGGGCCUACAGCUGCAAAUAUCCCGAGGCCUGGAGGGACAAGCUGCUCAGGGACUUCCGCCUGCCCGCCAUAUCCUGCAGCGCUGGAUUUCUGGCGGCCGCCAUCCUCUGCCCGGCCGUUGCCGUCGCCGUGGCCACCCUGGUCCUGUGCAAGAGGCUGGACGUGCCCUGGUACCUCCGAAUGACCUGGCAGUGGACGCGUGCCAAACGUCGAACGAGGCGCCAGGAGGACCUGGAGGGCGUCCACUUCCAUGCCUUCGUGUCGUACAGCCAGCAGGACGCUGACUGGGUGAAUGGCCACCUCCUGCCGGGCCUGGAGGAGGGCGGGGCGCUGCGCAUCUGCCACCAUGAGAGGAACUUCAUCCCGGGGAAGACCAUCGUGGAGAACAUCGUCCACUGCGUGGAGAGGAGCUACCGCUGCGUCUUCGUGCUCUCCUCACACUUCGUCCGCAGCGGCUGGUGCCACUACGAGCUCUACUUCGCCCAGCACCAGCGCCUGUCCCGCGGCUCCGACAGCGUCAUCCUCGUCCUCCGCGAGCCCCUGCCCCAGUACCUCAUCCCCUCCAAGUUCUACCAGCUGAAGGCCAUGAUGGCUCGGCGCACCUACCUGGAGUGGCCGCAGGACCCCAACAAGCAAAGGCUGUUCUGGGCCCACCUGCGGGCUGCCCUUCAGGCCCCCCUGCCCCCUGCGCCUCUCGACCAAGACCAGCAACCUCUGAUAGCGGGGGACCUGUGAUAGAUUAGCCGCUCUCAAGACCUCUAGAUUUUUCUGCUUCAAGAUGUAACAGACAAUAAUCAUCGCUGCUGUACAGAAAUGUUCUCUGCAUGUAGAAACCGACUGAGGUCAGGCUUCCGUUUUCAGUCCAACAUCUCAUCUCACCAAAUGAGGUUCAAAGAAGUUAAACAAUCUUUUAUUUCCGAGGAGCUACAAGUGAAAUCGAAGCGGACUUGACCUCGAGGCCUCUUAAACAAUAUGUCUGCCUCAUCACCCAUUCUCUGUCGGUAGACUCUACCUGUUGGAAGCCUUUUCUUGGUAGACUUUUUUUCCCUGCUCUAAAGUUUCCUAUGUGUUUCCUGAUUCGCAAAUGGGUGGAGCCACCAUGUGUCAGGUGUCAAUCCCUUAUCAGGACAAUUUGAUAUAUUUUACUAUGGAGGGCAAUGUUUUCAUUGGUAACUCCAUCCAUGACAAGCUAAUGAAGCUUCACUGUGUCAUCUCUAAGGGACAUGCAUUGUCAGAUAAAUGCAGGAACUGGAGCCACUGAUUCGAACCGCUGUUAUCUUGUUGAAAUGUCAGAAAGUGAACAAAAAAUCAAUGCUGAAACCCGAUACAGUGUUAUAUUGACGAUGUUUGAUCUGAACGUUUAGCCUUUGUGUUUCAAUUUCACGUCCUCGCCUCUUACACUUCUCUUUGGUUUGUGGCCUCCACAGCUGAACAUACAGGGCUGUAAAAGUGGCAGGUCACAACUGUGGGGUCAUGCAAAUACCAAAUGAACUGAAACCUCAUUGUCAGACUACGGAAAUGUAAAAGCAUUCUUCUAAACGUUCGCGCACCGUCCACAUCCAGAUUAGAAUCCCUCCUGUGGUUACAUUAGUGAAGGGGUUUUUAACAGAAUCCCUCCCCCGCCCCCUUAAAAAAAAAAAAAAUUUAAUUGUGCAUUUAUUCAAAUCUGGGCCAAAAUAAAUUAGAGAUGAUACCCUGGAAACACAGUUAGGUACAAAAUGUCAGAUGGUGAUAUGAUAUUUGUGAAUGAUAUUUUGAAGCUAUUUUGAAGCCGCAAAUCAAGAUGUAGUGAGAGUUAUAAUCUAAAAGGAACACAUAAGGGGAAGUUAAUUGACUCACUAAAGCCUCUUUAUGAACUCACAGAAGAAAUUGGGGCAUUUAUAGAUGGCCUGUAAAGCCAGUAAAGGAGCAAUUUCAUUUUGCAGUCCUCUGGUCAACAUGCACACCUUGUUAUCUGCAUCUAGCAGGUAGGUCAACAAAAUAUUAAUACAGUUAUAGCUUUUGGAAUCAACAGCCAAUGUGCCCUAUCAUCUGCAAUUUUACUUGCAAUUUCUCUUAAUAUGUUUCCCUAUGUUUGGAGUUGCGUUUGCAUCCCAAAAUCAGAGUGACAAAAAUUGCCAACAUGUUCUGGGUUUAGUAAUGCAAAGGAUUACUACCUCCAGAGAUAUAUUUGAUACAGCCAUUAUAGUAAAUGAGGGCAGUUCUAUAUUUGUUUGUCUGACGUAGGAUUAAGUAAGAGGGAAGGAUUAAAUUUGGUAGCUUGUAUGUAACACUGCUGCUUCAAUAUAAUAUCUAUUUUUUUUUUUAAUUGGAAUGAACUGCUUUGUUUAAUAAUGUUCUGAAAAUAUCCCAUUUUAUUCACCUGCAAAUUAUAAACUAUUAUUGUUAAAAUUAAUAUGAAUGUAACAUUUUUGUCAAAAGGUAUCUAAAACUAUUUGAUGUGCAAACCUCAAUUUUGCUCAGAAAGUUGGAAGCAGUACAUGGUUUCCCUUUCAACAUCCCCUCGUCCAAACACAUACUCAAAAAAAGUUUUAAAUGAACAAACCAUACCAAACCAUUGCUUUUUCAGUUUUAUUUCAUUUUCUUUACCACUUAUGUAUUCUUGCACAAGUCAAAUAAAAACCAUUUACAUGA